AUGUACGAUAAGAGGAAAUAUCUUGGACUACGCACAAGAAACAACAAACUUGUCAUCAUUGAUUGUGAAACUGAUGAAAGACACGAACUCUGUGAAUGGAAAGAAAACUUGGCUGUGUAUAUUAUUAACGAAAGCGAUUCUGUAGUAAUUAUGGGUAAGAAGACGUACAAAAUCAUUAAACAAUAGACAAAAAUUCUAUGAAACAUAUUAGGUGCCGACAUAAAAAACCCGCCAUACUUUUCUUGUUAUUUACUAAAAAUGGCGGGUUUUUUAUGUCAGCAUCUUAAUAUAUUGAACUUUAGGUUUUGGUAGUGGAUGUCGAAUAUACAGUGUAAAAAACAGACGAUUUGAGUUUUGCCAGCUCGAUGAUAACGAUUGGGUUCUAUUUAAUUAUAAUACUCUUUUCAAUUUUGUUACAAAUGUGGUAAGAUUAAAAGAAUUUUUUGUUUUAAUAUACAUGUAUUUUCAAAUUAUGAGGUGCCGACAUAAAGAACCCGCCAUUUUUUACAAAAAAUUACAAGAAAAGUAUGGCGGGUUCUUUAUGUCGGCACCUAACUUUAAAUUCUUACACUAUUUUAGUUUUUGGUUUACAACAAGCGAUGGAAUGUUUGGCAAAUUAAAAAAACAGAUCCAAACCUUAAAUUAACUGAAAAAUGGUAUCUAUACGUUACAUCAGACAUUGUGCCUUUGCCAAAAUACCAAGUUAUAGUAACAUCUCAAAAUAAUGUAAACGUACGUUUUUAUUUGAGCUUUGAAAGAGGCAAGUUAUAAUUUUAACAUUUUAUCGUACUGUUUUUAAAUUUAAAGACGUCUGUCAUUUAGAGCCUAUAAUAAAGUUAAAAAUUAAACGAUUGCUUUAUUAGGCGUCGACAUAAAGAACCCGCCAUACUUUGCCUGUAAUUUCCUGUAAAAAUGGGUUCUUUAUGUCGGCACUUAAUACUUAACAUAAUUCUGUUGUUUUAUAAUUUUGCCUGUACUGUCAGCUCUACCUUAGCAAUACCUAGUCCAAUUCAAGUCCUAUAAAAGUCUUACUUUGCAUAUUGCACAAUGUCUUCCCUCCUUUGAGUGAACUAAUUUUAAUUAACUUUAGAUCAUGUCCGAGUGA